CUAUUAGCACACACUGAACCACAGGUUUCAGGCCAGAGAUAUACCACCAUCCUCAACAAACAAAGUCCCCCUCCUCUUCUUGCUUGUACCUCGUUUUAUAAUAGCACAGGCUAGCGCAGUGUGGGGGAGGGCAACAGAAGGGAAGAGAGAUGGCGCCGGCAAUGGCCUCCCUGAAGAGCAGCCUCCUCUUGCCAUCAUCCCCUCUCUCCGACUUCAGUGGUGCAGCCCUCUCCAUGUCAACCCAGAAUAGGAGGAGAUCAUGGCAGCCAAGGGGGGCAAGAAUGCAGGUGGCAGCGGCUGCAGACUCUAAGAACAUUCUUGUCAUGGGGGGCACCAGGUUCAUUGGUGUCUUCAUGUCCAGACUCCUUGUCAAGGAGGGACAUCAGGUCACAUUGUUCACUAGAGGAAAGGCACCCGUAACCCAGCAGUUGCCAGGUGAAUCAGAUGCAGAGUAUGCAGAGUUCUCUUCCAAGGUGCUACAUUUGAAAGGUGACAGGCAAGACUUUGACUUCGUCAAGACGAACCUUUCUGCUAAGGGCUUCGAUGUCGUCUACGAUAUUAAUGGGCGUGAGGCCACUGAGGUAGCCCCCAUACUAGAGGCUCUGCCGAACCUGGAACAGUUCAUCUAUUGCUCCUCAGCAGGAGUGUACCUGAAAUCAGACCUGCUCCCUCACUUUGAGACUGACGCGGUGGACCCGAAAAGCCGGCACAAGGGGAAGCUGGAGACGGAGAGCCUGCUGGAGAAGAGCGGUGUGAACUGGACAUCGAUCAGGCCGGUGUACAUCUACGGGCCCCUCAACUACAACCCCGUGGAGGAGUGGUUCUUCCACCGGCUCAAGGCCGGCCGGCCGAUCCCCAUCCCCGGCGCCGGGAACCAAAUCACCCAGCUCGGCCACGUCAAGGAUCUGGCCACGGCAUUCAUCAAGGUCCUCGGCAACCCCGCGGCCAGCAAACAGGUGUACAACAUCUCGGGCACCAAGUACGUCACCUUCGACGGCCUAGCCAGGGCAUGUGCAAAGGCUGGAGGGUUCCCUGAGCCUGAGAUCAUCCACUAUAACCCCAAGGACUUCGAUUUCGGCAAGAAGAAGGCCUUCCCCUUCAGAGACCAGCAUUUCUUCGCGUCAGUGGAGAAGGCCAGCAAGGAGCUCGGAUUCACGCCGGAGUACGACCUCGUCGAUGGCCUGACGGACUCAUACAGCCUCGACUUCGGCCGCGGGACGUUCAGGAAGGAGGCCGAUUUCACCACGGACGACAUGAUCCUCGGCAAGAAGCUCGUCAGCGUGUGAGAGGCUAGAGCACAAGGAAGACAAUCUCAGUUUUGGGAUAGGUUCAGUGCUUAUAUGUAUAUUCGCUUAUCCGAUGAGACGUGUAAUUGUGUAAAGCUAACACCCAGCUCGAUCUCUCAUUUCUAAAGAAACUCAUCUGAACUUU